GAAAUGGUGGAUGGAGCAAAUGAGCGGCCGUACAGUUCAGAACACGACACGGCGACAACAUUAGCGACAGGGCGCCGAUUUCGGCUCCCACCACAGUCUCCCGCAGGUCGCGGACACUCUACAUGGCGACCCAGCAACUGCGCGGUACCGAGGUUUACUGCGACGCCAGCGGAGACUGCAACCAUGUUGCUGUCAAGAUCAAAAGCCAUAAUAUUCAGCAUCAGCAGGAGGAGGAGGAGACGACGGCUCCUCAGCUCCAACACCAAGGCCCUGGGCCCACCAAGUACAGCAUCUCAUCCAGCUGUAGUUCUGGGGAGUCAGUCAAGCGGGCGGCCCGUAGUCCCCGGCGUCGCCGGCGCAAGUUUCCUCAGCUCUUCGAGCGGGCAUCGGGCAAGUGGUGGGAUCCCGCCUUCGACUCUCGGAACCUGGAGGACGCGUGUUUGGAGCGCUGCUUCCCGCAGACCCAGCGCCGCUUUAGGUACGCGUUGCUCUACCUCAUGGUGGCUGCACUGCUCUGGGCCAUUUACUUCGGCUGCAGCGUGAAGGACAAGGGCCAGGCUCUGGGGGCCGCUUUUCUGGCGCCCACCCUGCUCUUUCUGCUGUGUUGUGCCGGCCUGUUGGCGGUCACCUUCAGUGGACUCUACUCCCAUCACUAUGUCCGAAUCUCUCUGCUCUUCACGUUACUGGUCUUCGCCUUAUCGCUGGCUACUCGUUUCCAGGCCGGCACUGGCAGCGGUCUGGGCUGUAGCGGGAAUGACAGCCAAGACUCAUUUUCCUGCUGGAACUACCUAUCGCCAGUUGGGAGUUUUUCCAUCUGCGUGGAGGUGCUGCUGCUGCUCUACACGGUCAUGCCGCUGCCUCUCUAUCUCUGUUUUAUCUUCGGCGUUUCUUACUCACUGUUGUUCGAAGUGUUGGGCUAUCAUCUAGGCAGCGUGGAGUGGCCCCAACCGCCAGGUUCUGGCCAGCAUCUGCUUUUGGAAGCUACGGCCAAGCUUUUCUUACAUGCCUGUGUGCAUGCAGUGGGCAUCCACCUCUUCAUCAUGUCACAAGUACGCUCUCGUACCACGUUCCUGAAAGUGGGCCAGUCUAUCAUGCACGGCAAGGACCUGGAAGUGGAGAAAGCCCUGAAGGAACGCAUGAUCCACUCGGUCAUGCCCAGGAUGGUGGCGGACGAGUUAAUGAAGCAAGGAGACGACGAGAGCGAGAACUCCUUCAAGCGUUACUCCACCUCCAGCCCGAAAAGUAAGAAGAAGAAAACCUCUAUACAGAGAGCGCACAUCAUCUUCAGGCCCUUCACCAUGCAACGCAUGGAACCCGUCAGCAUCCUCUUCGCAGAUAUCGUGGGCUUCACUAAAAUGAGCGCCAAUAAAUCCGCCCACCUGCUGGUCGGUCUCCUCAACGACCUUUUCGGGCGGUUCGAUCGUCUCUGCGAAGGCACAGGAUGCGAGAAGAUAAGCACGUUGGGCGAUUGCUACUACUGUGUGGCUGGUUGCCCCGAACCCCGCUCUGACCAUGCGUAUUGUUGUAUCGAGAUGGGAUUGGGCAUGAUUCAGGCCAUUGAACAGUUUUGUCAAGAGAAAAAAGAAAUGGUUAACAUGAGGGUCGGGGUGCACACGGGUACUGUCCUGUGUGGUAUUUUGGGAAUGAAACGCUUUAAGUUUGACGUUUGGUCCAACGAUGUGAACUUGGCCAAUUUGAUGGAACAGCUUGGGGUGGCCGGAAAGGUCCACCUUUCGGAAGUUACGGCCAAGUAUUUGGAUGAACGUUAUCUGAAAGAGGAUGGGAAAGUGAUGGAAAGGGUUGGCACGCAGAGUGUGGUGGCUGAUCAACUGAAAGGAUUGCAGACAUUCCUUAUUUCUGGCAGAAAGCUGGCUCAUUCAAUGUGUACCUGCUCUCACAAGAUAUUACCUCACCUUGAUAGGGGAGACUCGAGUCCUCUUACAGUCCCCAUGCAGAACCGAGGAAUUACAAAUGACACUUCCACUGAAGUGGGAGAAGCUAGCAGCAACAUGGCUAAAGCUAAGCCCGUGUGUCCAUCCUGUAGUAUAAUGCUCAUUCCUGGAUCCAGUGCCAGUACAGAGGAAACUGCUGCACAGAAUGGUUGUCAAGAUGAGCGUAAAAAUGCCAAGGCACCAUCAGCAGGACGAAGUCUGAAGACCCAAAAUGGCCUACUAAGUCCCCCAGAGGAAGAAAAGUUAAACAACAGCCAGACAUCACUGUUUGAAAUGCUGCAGAGUGAGAGGCAGCUGGAUGGACUGCUUCCACUACGCUCCAAGCAGAUCCGGGAGAAAACAGAUGCUCAGUUUGUCAGUGUCAUUAAGGAGGACAGACUAAUGGAUGAAUACUUCUUCAAACCUCCUAUUAACAAAUUCAGCUUGAAUUUCUUGGACUCUGGCUUGGAGAAAGCCUAUAGGGGCAGCUAUCAAGAUGAGGUUGUGAACAAUGCAUCAGAGAAGACGUUUGCCAGUGCCACAUUCAGUUCACUCCUUGAUGUAUUUCUCUCCACCAUAGUCUUCCUCUUUCUCUCCAUCACAUGUUUCAUGAAGCAGGGAUUGUGUGCAUCUCCUUCGCAUGCCUCUGUUGUGGUUUUUGUCCUUGCGAUUCUGCUUCAAGUUCUUUCCUUGGUUAUCUCCAUCAGAAUGGCAUUUUACCUGGAUGACGUGAUGCCAUGCACCAAAAGACUGAUGAAGGCGAUCUCUGGUUGGCUGCCUCGUCAUUUCUUCGGAGCCAUUCUCAUCUCUCUUCCUGCAGUUGCUGUGUUCUCUCAGUUUACAUGUGAAUUUAAAACCAAUAUAAAUGUUACCAUGUUCUUCUGUUGUGCAAUGAUCAUUACUUUCAUUCACUACUGUAACUUCUGUCAGUUGAGCUCCUGGAUGAGAUUCUCUUUGGCCACGAUAGUAGGCAUAACACUUCUCAUCCUGCUGUAUGUGACACUAUGUCCUUCCAUCUUUCCAGAAAUCGCAUCUGAACCUAUAGAAUCAUUCAGCAGAGAAGUUGGGUGCAAUAUUUCGAUGCCAACUUGGAGUUCAAAGAAUCUGGAGUUGAUCAGACACGAGGUGAUUCUGGAUAUUGUCUUGUUGCUUCUGCUUGUCUGGUUCCUGAACCGAGAGUUUGAGGUUAGUUACCGUCUCAAUUACCAUGGAAAUGUGGAGGCAGAUCUUCAUCGGCACAAGAUACAGAGCAUGAAGGAUCAAGCAGACUGGCUCCUUCAUAACAUCAUCCCAGCCCAUGUGGCUGAUCAGCUCAAGGUAACUCCUCAUUACUCCAAAAACCACGAAGAUGUUGGAGUUAUUUUUGCCAGCAUAGUUAAUUUCAGUGAAUUUUAUGAGGAGAACUAUGAAGGGGGAAAGGAGUGCUAUCGGGUCCUGAAUGAACUUAUUGGUGAUUUUGAUGAAUUAUUGAGCAAACCCCAAUAUAACAGCAAUAUUGAAAAGAUUAAAACUAUUGGAGCUACUUACAUGGCAGCUUCUGGGCUGAAUCCAUCACAACGGCGUGAUAGCAACCAUCCGCAUAGUCACCUACAGACACUUUUUGAGUUUGCCAAAGAAAUGAUGAAGGUCGUAGAUGAGUUCAACAAGGACAUGCUAUGGUUCAACUUUAAAUUAAGGAUUGGUUUCAACCAUGGACCCCUCACUGCAGGAGUUAUUGGCACUACAAAGCUACUGUAUGACAUAUGGGGUGACACUGUCAACAUUGCUAGUAGGAUGGACACUACAGGAGUGGAGUGUAGGAUCCAGGUGAGUGAAGAGAGCUAUCGAAUAUUGAGUGAGAUGGGCUAUGACUUUGAUUACCGAGGGACGGUCAAUGUUAAGGGUAAAGGUCAGAUGAAAACAUACCUUUACCCAAAAAGCACAAACACUGGGAUCAUCCCAUCACACCAGCACUCAGUGUCUCCAGACAUCCGAGUGCAAGUGGACGGAAGUAUUGGGCGGUCACCUACAGAUGAACUUGCCAAUCUUGUGCCUUCUCUGCCAGUCUCAGACAGAUCCGGUCACUGCUCUGCUAAUACUGAGGCUAAUGACUCAUCCUCUGCAUGUCAGAACGUCACGAAAGAGCAGAUUAAGGAAGCUGAUGACAAAGUGGGUGAUGAGGAUCCAGAGGAAAUGGAUGAACUGACAAAGUUACAAAUAUCUAGUCAACUAUGAUGCAUCUUUUCAUACCACAAACCGGCUUCACCCGGGAGGAAUUAGUUCACGUUGGUAGUCUGCGUGACAUGAUAAUUAUCUUUCCGGUUUUUAAUAUUUCAUUUUACGUCCUGAUUGCUGUGUGGAUCACAGUAACACAGGAUUCAGCUCCAUUGCAAAUGUCUGUGCUGUUUUUUGAUAUUAAGUGCCUUUGGAAAAACUGAAGUAUGUACUUCAGGUAGAAUGGAUGGAGGUAACUGAAAGCAUGGCUUAAUUUUAGAACCCUGGAUAAAGCUAUGGUUACAUCCUUCCUCCAUCUUUUCUGUUGUCCAUACACCUCACUCCUGUCUCAUUUUCUUCCUCCGUGCAAUUUUAUUUCUUGUACUUUUUGUACCUGUGGUUAAGGUAAUCUUUUAAUCUGGGCACCUGAAAACAACCACUGAGGGUGGAUGUUGGUGAAAGCAUUCAGUACACAAGGAGUGGGAGGGAUCUGGUCAAGUAAAUUAUUAACAAUCCCUGAGUAAGUCCUGAUUUAUUCCAAAUUAUGAAAUGAAUCUGCCAGUUCAACCUUGAGGAUACAGCCCUGUCUUUCAUUUUCUUUGACUAUACCUACAAACCACAUGUUGAAAGCAGACUGUGGAUGGGUUUCAUAUGCAUUCUUCCAUGCUGGUGUCUAGAGAGCUCUGAUUCUUUUAAAUUGUUUUCAGUCAAUAUAAGUCUUGAGUUCAGUGUUUGUUCAAAUCUGUAUAAGAAAAGUUUUGAAUGUUGAACAGCCUUAUUCAGUAUAGAGAGUUGAAUUAAUGUAAAUAUUUGCAUUGGUUCCAGGUUAGAAUAACAGACAUUUUGAUUAUCCCCAAAAGCUAAGUGUUCUCAUUAAAAGCCCUGACACAUUUUGAUUCGAAUUCUACUAUCAGUUCUUAAAGUUCAAUAAAGUUAGAAAUAGAGGUGUGGAAUAAGGCAGGACCACUACCCAGACCAGUGGGAGACUCUUACUGCUGAGCAGAUUCCAGUCCUGGUCCACCUGACCACAAGCUACCCACGGAGUAAUGUUUUGUCUUGCAGCAGUCAGGUUUUGCUGCAGUAACAAGUCACUUUCCAGCCUUCAAGAAGGGGUAAGCAGAAUAGUCUGAUCACUACACAAAAGGAACAUUUCUGCCAAACCACAUGUGCAGCAUUUCCAGAAGCGAUGGAGUUGUCUGUUCCUUCCUCUUAACUCUAGAAAGGCUAUGGUGGGCUAAUGUGCAAAUGACAAAAAUUGUCGCUAACAAAGCCUUUAUUUAAAUGCUUUUGGAAGGCUGGACUUAAAUUUAUGAAAGCAACAAAUGACAUUCAUUUCAUUGUAAUGAUUUUUGAUAUAAAAGGGUUCAGUAAACAUUCCAUCAUUACAAAAAUUCUGCAUGUGGUGAUGGACGGUAUGCAAAUAAUGGCACCUCCUUUAUCUUACCAAAUUGAAUAAUGUACAUUAUUGAUGCAGUUUUCACACUAGUUCAGAGAGUGUAUGGAUUGAAUUGUGUGCAUCCCUUAAAAAUAGUAUACAUUGUUCAGAUCUGUGUUGCUACUGGUGUUAAUAAGAGAUUUUCCCCAACUCUUUGUCUCUCUUACUUUCAACAUAAACUCUAUGGUGUAUUUUACUUUAGUUCUGCUUUUGUUUGAAGUUUUUGGUUUAUACAUAUUGAAACCUGUAACAAGCAACUGUUGACACUUUGAGACUGUGUCAGGAAAUGUAAGCCAUUCUGAUACUGUGAUUUGUUCUUCAGACUCCUUAUUGUGAGGUGUCAGCGAAUUGUCACACUUUAAAAAUCAGUUCUUCAUUUAACUUGAUUCUUGACAUUUCAUCAAGUGGAGUACUGGUUUACAUUUUCCCACUAAGUACACAGACACUCUGGGUGAACUAUUGGAAAACUGUCCUGCUGGAAUUUACCCUUAAUAUGACUGUGUCUUUCCCCAACAUUGGGUGAGAAUUGAUAGAUAUUUUUAAAAAUGCAAUUUGAGGAUGCAGUGUCAAACAAUGUAUGGAAUAAUGUUAAGAUGUUUGUAAUAAUGAUAAACCAGUGUUGGAUUUAUGUUUUAUUGAACAGUAUUAAACUGAACAACCCCAAAAUGAUAUUUAUGGGGAUCUGUGGCAUGGUAUUUUCAGGUUCUGUUGGUUUAAGUAGAUGGAUCUAGUUUGAGAUUCUUUGACCAUGUUUUGUGCACCCUCUCUCGUGAGAUCCGAAAUCCAGACGCAUUGGGGCUUGAAAUGACCAUGUUUUGUGCACCCUCUCUCGUGAGAUCCAAAAUCCAGACGCAUUGGGGCUUGUUCUAGAUUCCUACUUUAUAGCAAGGUCUUGAUUGUGGCAGCCUGGGUGCUCAACUCACAUAGGGAACUUGUUCAGCAUGGAUCAGUGUGCAACUGCAUAUUCGGGCAGCACGAUAGUGCAAUUGAUAAUCGUCCUGGCAAGGUUUCAAGCAUUUGAUCUGAUCAAUGCCUCUCCAUCAGUAAGUAAACAAGAGACACUUAACCAAAUUGGUCAUCAGGUCAAAAAUCUAAGGAUGAGUGAGGUAUUUAGUCACCCUUUUAAUCGAUUGCAUCUUUUUGAUGAAAUGAUCAGAUGAAAUACAUUUUUAUAAAAAAUGACAAAAUGCCUAAAUUCAUUCAUUUUAAGCUGCCUUUGGUUUCACUCCGCUUCAGUAUUUUAGUCCAAACCAUCUCCAAAUUUUCCACAUCUGGCCUUCAAUCAAACAACUUGUGUACACACACACUUUGAUUUGAUAGUGUGUUUUUUCUGAUGGGUCCUUGAAUAUUUUAUUACACAAAAGUAAAACUAUAAAAACUACAAAGGGAUUAGGCCACUUGUAUCCUCAAAUAAUCAUAUUUGUGUAGUAUGAUUUGAUUCCAUAUUUAAUAUUUAAAUGUUGGUAUUUAUAUUAAAGGUUGAACUGAAACACUAGCAAGUUCUACAUCAGUAACCAGAUUUCUCGUUCAGAGAUUCAGAGAUCAUCUUAUAGUCCAGAAUGAGAAGUUGCUGUUCUCUCAAUUUAUCACCUGGGUAUCUAAGCAAGAGCUCUGCAGUUAAUUCUAAGCCCUAAAUACUCUGUCUUUCUGCAAACAAUUAUCCUCUCAAGUUCACCCAAAUUUAAACUUCUGCCCUAAUUGCACUGUUAAAAGUGAAAUGAAGAUACCUUGUAUUAAUGAAUGAAAUAUAUCUCAUCUUUGUAUAAUUCAUACUCAGAUCUUUUGUCUGAGGCCUCGAAAUAAUGUUGUGAGAUUACCAGCCAGUCCUGGCCUGCUGGGGUUUACUAGAAUAUGUCACCUGGACUGCUUCAACUCCUCAUGGGAAAAUAUUUCGUCUUUUACAGCAGAGUCCAAAAGGUCUGAGUAAGUGGAAAACAUGACCUGAUCUCUCAGACAAGUUAUAGCUUUUAAUGAAAAAAAUUGUCUUGCUCCCCACAGUUUAUCUCCUUAAGGUUUGCACAUGGUUUACAGUGAAAAUCAGCACAUUUUCCAGAUAUAUAGCAAGUUUUUGUUUCAUGUGUGUAUUUCUUUCCAAUUCAUCUAAGUCACUGUAGUUCUGGCCAGGAAGCCUGCUCCAUACUACUUCCAGUAAUAGUGACACCAACACCCGACAUCCAAUUAACACAUCAGAAGUGAUGGAGCCUGUAUUCCAGCAAUCUGUUGCAGGUUCUAGCAGACCGGACAGCUGUUCAGUAUUUUUCAACUCUAUUUAAAUUUAAUAGUUGUAUAAAUUAUUUGAUCAGUAGUUUGUCCAUAAGAAGCUCUGCACAAUUGAAGUCAGGCUUCGCAACAAUAGCAGUGAACACUCAACAGCCUCCCCACCGCCCACCCCCACUACUUUUCAGGAUAGUCUUUUGUGGCAUAAGCUAUUCUAGCUGUGUUAGCUUUCAAUUUCUCCCUCAUCUCCCUGCCCUAAGUAAUUUGCCAAAACUGACCAUUAAAGGACAAAUCAGUACUUUUUAAGACAAAAGGGUGUUGGUUUUAAUUAUUGUAUAACAACUGUUGUUGUAAAGUCUACUGCAUUUAAAUAAACAUCCCCCCUCUUUGUAUUAUAUAUUGUUUACACUUGGGCAUAAUCAUGACAGCUCUAUUGAGGUGUGGCAGUGCUGUUGAAUGCAAAUUGCUCCAAGCUGAACAAUUUCAUCAUUUUAGUGCUUUGACCAUCCUAAUUUGAUAUUGCUGGAGUGCAGAGAAAGUACACUCAAAGUCUCUUUUUGAAUGGGAUUCAGCUGAAUGUUAUAUAUUCAAUGACCUCUUUCUCCUACCUCACAUGUAUGGACAGACUUUGUACACAGAUCCCUCCAUUAACACAGACAAUCAGGGUUCAGACCUGUUCUUGCACAAUGUGUGCAGUUUCUAUCAGUGCAGACUUUACAAAUUGAGAGUGCAUCACUGUGCAAUUUUAUUAACUUUCUCAAAAGUGUUGUCUGUUUUUGAGAGACGCUGUUCCAAAUUUUGUUCUGGUUUCUCUCCUUCCCUAUUUCCCUCCCCAUCACAGCAUAUAACUGAUAUUUAUCAGAAUUAGCCAUCUUGAAUUCUUAUAUAUCCUAAUUAUCACGUGCUGAGACACUCCAGUGAUGAGCAAACAGGGUUGGCUAGUUAGUUGGUAUGGAGGGUAGCUGGGGGAUUUUAGAUAAUGCAGACCAGCCCACAUUGAUUAGAUAAUCUUUUCAGUUGUACCUUGGCAUUUGAUCUUCCCAAUAAUUUUGUUGCAAAACAUUAAUUGAAGGAGUCCUUGCACUUCCACUUUCAGCCCAAAUAAACAAAUAUGGAAUCACACUUGUCCAUUGAGACUCUCCCUGAAGAAUGUCAUCACACACUAGCUUAAGCCAUGCAGUGACAUUUGCAAAAUUACAUAGCUACAGCCAAUGCAAAGAUGGAUCUUGGAAUACCAAACUGGCCUAAGCACAGCUGCUGAGACCUGCCAGCUGCUGCUAGAACAUAGCCCUAGCUUGUGGUAGUCAUGAAGGAGCAGUUCUCUGAGCAACACUAAAGACAGUGACUGUGUGUGGCCUGUUGGAGUAUGGGAUUUAUGCGUUGUGGAAAGGGGAGUGCUGCUUUGCAGUUGGUUUAACUUGUAAAUAGUUUGCCUAUGCUUUGUUGAUAAAAUGUAUGUGAAAUAUUAAGCUAUAUGUAUAUAGAUAAGCAAUAUAUGACUUAUUACUACCAAUCUGUAAUCAAUUGUAUAUUAAAAACCAUUUUACUGUGAAUGACGGGACAUAAUUUCACUGUAAAUGUUCAGAGUACCAUCUGUCAAUUGGUACAAUAUUCAUAAUAAAGCUAAACAUGAGUUGUGCUGUGAGGCACAAGUAUUUCACUGUGGGAAUCUGGACAAUGAGGACUGAAUCAUACUUGGCUGGUAAGUUCAACUGUCCGUGUGCAUGUCAUUUUACAAAAGAGAGCAUCCAUCCCCCAAUAUUUUCAACAGCAAAAGACUC